AUGCCAAAUUCGACUAGUACGCUCAAUUGCACUACUUCAUCUAAUACCUGUGGUGGCUAUACAUCAAUAAGCAUAAAUGAAUAUUGUACUGACUUUAGUAUACUCACUGAUUCUAGUUCAGGCCAGAUCUCUACAAUUGAAAAUAUUACAGCUGGUGCACAGUUCUGUGUGGCAUUUAGUGGCGGAUCUUGGAUCGGGUUGCAAUCAACAAACUGUGGUUGGGGUGGCAGGAAGAAAAGAGGUCACAGUAGUGGCCACGGUGGCGUCAGUGGGCCUCCCAGGACUACAGUAUCAACAACAACUGUAGCUGGUUGUUAUAGUACGAGCGCCGAUUGGUCCAUUGGAUGUUGUGUUAAUCUAACCGUGAGACCAGAUGGAUUUAUUAAUACACCACCAGUUGCAACAAUUAUUUCGCCUAUUACUAUACCAAUAAACACUAUAACCAAUAUAACAAUUCCAGUCAUUGAUGCUGACGAUGAUUUCUUAAGCUGUCGCUGGGCUCAAAAAACGGCUGCAUUGGAUGAAUGUGGUGAUGUUUGUCAAAUGGCACCAGGCAGUACACUUGAUAAUGAUGAUUGUGUGCUAACGUACAACAGUACGGGCAAAACUGUCGGACAAUAUUAUGCCGUCACUCUGAUGGUUGAAGAUUAUUAUGAUUCAUCAACACCUACACCAUUCAGCAGUGUUCCUGUACAAUUUUUAAUACACAUUGUGAGUGCCACUGCUUGUCCUUUACAACCAACGAUCAGCUCAAACUUAUCGGAUUGUUCGCCCAUUCAGGUCGGAGUUCAAUUUACUUUUACAUUGACAAUCGUACAAGGAUGUCCAGGAACAACACUACAAGAUGUAUAUACCAUGCCUCCAUUGUAUAUGUACAAAGGCAGCAUAACACAAGUCGGCUCGACGAGCGUAUGGACAGUAACUGAAACAUGGAUACCCGAUGAAUCGCAACUAGGUUCUCAAGUCUACUGUGCCGUGGCUACGGAUAGUGAUAAUAUUCAAUCCGAUCAAUAUUGUCUUACAUUCAUGGUUGUUCCUGCCGGACAAGUUCCUUUAUAACAACAAGCACUGCAACGACUUCAACCAGCACUAGUUCGACUUCUCCAACAUCAACCAGCACUAGUACGACUUCGACCGAUACUAGUACGACUUCAACUACAUCAAGUAGUACUAGUGCAACUUCGACUAGUACUAGUUCGACUUCUACGACAUCAAGUAGUACUAGUACAAGUUCGACCAGUACUAGUACGACUUUCACGACAUCGACUAGCACAACAACAUCAACAACCAGUACAACUACAACCACCAAUACUACGUACGUCUGCAAGAUGUCAAUUUCUUAAUUUAUUUCUAUUUAAUACGUUUGCAUUUCUUAGAACUAGCACUACUACAACCACUGUUACCACUACAAAAUCACCUUCACACGAUAUAAAUAUACCAUUGAUCGUUGGUCUAUCACUAUUAGCAUUACUGGCUUCGUUACUUUGUUGUUGUUGUCUGUGUUGGUGGUUAUGGGGUGGUGGAGCUCGGCGUCGGCGUCAAAAUCGAACAAGCGAGAAAGAACAAGUGAAGCAGAAAUUCUCGUUUACAAAAAAAUGUGUUAAAUUAAUGGGUCUAAAACAACGAAAAAAUAAUAUCCCAUAUGAAGUUAACAGUACAAGAAGUAGUCGGAUUACGACCACUAGCAUGGCCAAAAAACCAUCGAUACAUGAAACGCCACGCGUUAGUAUUAUAAAACUACCGAGAGCGAGAUCAUCUGCACCGACAGGUCGUAUAAUUAAGGUAUCAAAAGCAGAGUCUUCUACAGAGCGACACACAAAUGUCACAACUGAAUUAUCUAGGAAGUCGAAAGAUAUUGGCUCAGUCAUUGUAAGUAAAGUGAACCGGCGCUCAUCUGAUAUUCCAUCAUCAAAAAAAGAAAGAACAAGUACAGCAGUUAGUUUCAUCAAAUUAAAACUUCCGAGGUCGUCAUCAAAAGUAUCUGCUGACCUUAGUGCACGAUUUAGUGGAUCAUUUACCCAAGCAGACAGCAAAGCGGCAAAAACGAUGUUUUAA